AUUCCUUCCGGGAGUCUCGCGGUUCCCCUCACGGUCCUGGGGCUGCUUCUUUGGGGGGUUCCUUGGACCCACGGACGGCGGAGCGACGUGCGCGUCCUCACGGACGAGAACUGGAGAGAGCUGCUGGAAGGAGAGUGGAUGGUAGAAUUUUAUGCUCCAUGGUGUCCUGCUUGUCAAAAUCUUCAACCAGAGUGGGAAGGUUUUGCUGAAUGGGGAGAAGAUCUUGAGAUAAAUGUUGCAAAAGUAGAUGUCACAGAACAGACAGGAAUGAGUGGACGGUUUAUCAUAACUGCUCUUCCUACGAUUUAUCACUGUAAAGAUGGUGAACUUAGGCGCUACCAGGGUCCAAGGACUAAGAAUGACUUCAUAAACUUUAUAAGUGAAAAAGAAUGGAAAAGUAUUGAGCCUGUUUCAUCAUGGUUUGGUCCAAGUUCUAUUCUGAUGAGUGUUAUGUCAGCACUCUUUCGGCUCUCUAUGUAUGUCAGGACUUGCUAUGACUAUUUUAUUGAAGACCUUGGACUACCAGUUUGGUCAUCAUACACAAUUUUUGCUUUAGCAACUUUGCUUUCAGGAUUGUUAUUAGGACUUUUAAUGAUAUAUGUGGCCGAUUGUCUUUGUCCUUCCAAAAGGCGCAAACCACAGUCAUAUCCUUCAAAAAAACCAUUAUCGGAAUUUUCUCAACCUUUGAAAAAAAUGAUCGAGGAGCAAGAAGCUGCUGCUGAAGAUAUUUCAGAAGAAGUAGCGGAAAGUAAAGAAGGAACAAACAAAGACUUUCCACACAGCACCGUAUGACAACGCCCUGUGGGCCCAUCAUUGCCCCCAGAUCAAUCCUAGUUAAUUUUUAUAAAUAUCUUUUAAUACCAUGAUUCUGAUAAAACAAAAUUGAUGGUUUCUUUUUUUAGGUGAAAUAUUUCAGAGUUCAGUCUAGAUUGUCAUCAAACAUUUUUAUUCAGAAAAUAUAAGCAGGUAUAAAAGUUUAAAAUACACGAUCUGAGAAGAUUGAGGUUUAAACAGUAGCUUAAUUUUAGAAAAUCUGGUGCCAAGCAAUAAGAUUUAUGUGUGUUUAAUAAUAACCUCUUUUCAAGACUGAGUUGAAAAAUCGUAUUUCCUAAGAUUUACAUUAAUUGGGGGUAUUUAAGAAGAUUAUUCAGAGAAAAAAAAUUCUCAUUUGAUGUAU